GCGAGGUGCUCGGGGUGGCUCUGCUGCACGAGGCGUCCUGCGGGGCUGCUGCCUCCUGAGUCCACUCUGCGGACUCACUGCGCGAGAGGAGAGCCGAGCUGUGAUGCCUGCAUGGGAACAUUUGCCUUAUCUAAGUCCAGGAUAAGAAUGGAUUUAGGUGCUUUGGUUUAUAAAUAAACAGCACUCGUGGCCAAGGUAGAUUUAAGCAGAGCUGGCAGCAGCCCUGCUUGGGAAGGGAUCUCUUCGCCACAUGGCCUGCUGUUGGACUUCCUGUCGCACGUUAAUCCCUUAAGCCUGCUUUAGCUCCGUUAAUUUUCCUUCUUCCCUUUUUUCCCCAGUGGGCUGUCUCAGUGGCGCGUGAACACCGGCGUUCCUUGGCCAAGCCUGUGCCCACGGCGGGGCCGAGCCUCCAGGCUGCCUUCUGAGCUCCGGGUACCAUGUGGCAGGGCCCCAGGGAUGGUGGUGCCUGAAUGCGUCCCAUUCUCUCUGUCUUACAGGCUCUGCAGUCUGCGCCUGAAGAAGCUCACGGUGCUGAAAGAGCUGGACAAAGAGCUGAGCUCCGUGCUCAUCGCCGUGAAGAUUCAGGGUUCGAAGCGAGUCCUGAGGUCAAAUGAGUACGUCCUCCCACCUGGCGGCCUGAUGGAGACAGAGCUGGAGCUGACUUUCUCACUGCAGUACCCACACUUUCUCAAGAGAGACGGCAACAAGCUGCAGAUCAUGCUGCAGCGGAGGAAGAGGUACAAGAACCGCACCAUCCUGGGCUACAAGACCCUCGCAGUGGGCAUCAUUAACAUGGCCGAGGUGAUGCAGCACCCGACGGACGGAGGGCAGCUCCUGAGCCUCCACAGCAACAUGAAGGACGUGAACAUCCGCGUGGCCGAAAUCAGCAUCUACUCCUUGUCCAGCCAGCCCAUCGACCACGAGGAUGGCAGUGUCCCCUCGGGUCCUAAAAUCAAGGCUUCAGAUCGCUCCCCAGACAUUGAUAACUACUCUGAAGAAGAGGAUGACAGCUUCUCCUCGGAGCAGGAAGCCAGCGAUGAUGCUGUUCAGGGCCAGGAUCUGUUUGAUGAAGAGGAUGACCUGAGGAAAACCAAGAAGGCCAGGAGGAAAAUGAUCCGAACCACGUCAAUGACCAGACAACCAAACUUCAAGCAGAAAUUUGUGGCUUUGCUGAAGAGGUUUAAAGUGACAGAGGAGGUCCUGGACUCUGACCCCGUAGACCAGACCCAGGAGGUGGAGGAAGACCUGGGCUUGCUCUAUGACAGCCUGGAAGAGUGCAACAACAGCGACAGCGGCCCAGAGAUUGAGGACAACGAGAGCGUGCACAGUACGCCCAAGCCGACCCUGAGGCGUUUCUUUGAGGGAGUCUCUCAUUCUGGUUCCCAGACUGAGAUCGGCAGUCUGCACAGCCAGAAAGGGCAGGAUCAAGAGUCGGGCAGCCCUGGCGAGGCGGAGAAGAGGAAGCCGGGAGCGCCGCGAGCACAGGAGGAGCCGGGAGCAGAGGUCCCCGCAGUGGAGCUGGCCGCAGAGGAGCCGAGUCCCCGGCUGGCCCCCGCAGAGGCUGCCACGAGGGAGGGCAGCGUGGACAGGCUGGCCCAGCUGGGCCCCGGGACCAAAGCCGAGCUCCCCAGUGCCGUGUCGCCCAGCAAGGCAGAGAGCAAGCAGCUGUGGCGUCCCCGCAGCACCUCCGUGAAGGACCGGCAGAGCUCCAAGGGCCAGGGCGGCCGCACCAGCAGCCUGGACAGCGAGAGCUCUCCUGACUCGUGGCACAGCACCCAGGUGCCCCGAAAGUCUGUUUACGAUCAGCUGAACCAGAUCCUGGUCUCCGACGAGCAUCUCCCAGAGAGCAUCGUGCUGGUGAAUGUCGCCGAGUGGCAGGGGCAGUACGUGAGCGAGCAGCUCCUGGCGCACAAGCAGCUGGUCGUGUCCACCUGCUCGGUGGCGGACAUCCAGGCGGCCUUCAACACCACCGUCUCCCGCAUCCAGCGAUACUGUAACUGUAACUCCCACAUGCCUCCCCCGGUGAAGGUGGUUGUGGCAGGGGACCAGAGCUACCUGAGCGUGGUCCUCCGGUUCUUCGUGGAGCAGCUGGCCAGCAAGACCCCCGACUGGCUCAACUACCUUCGUUUCCUGCUUGUGCCACUGGGCUCCCACCCCCUCGCCAAGUACCUGGCCUCGGUGGAUAACAAGUACAGCACUCUCUUCCUGGACACGGCGUGGCGGGAGCUGUUCAGCAGGGCUGAGCCGCCCGCUGCAGACACUGUGGACAUCGCGGGCCGCGUCACCCAGUUCAUCGCCGGAGCCAGCCUCUCCCACCAGCUGCCCAUCUCCGAGGCCAUGCUGACGUACAAGCAGAAAAGGAAGAGAAGUCUCUAUUUUGAUUUUUAUAUCAGCCCCGAUGAGGACUCCUGCCAGAAGUUUGUACCCUUCGUGGGGGUGGUGAAGGUGGGCCUGGUGGAGCAGUCCUUCAGCGCCUCCGUGGACUCAGACGAUGCCACAGCCUGCGCUCCCUCGCUGCUGAGCUCAACGCCAACUGCCAGCGGAGCGGCCCCUUACGGCAAGGAGACCGUCAGCACCCCGCCGCCCUCCCCGUCUGUCAGCAGCGGCCUCUCGGGGGCCGGGUCUCUGAGCCCCGGCGUGGAGGUGAUGGGCCUGCAGGUGGACUACUGGACGACCCAGGGGCUGGACAGGAAGAAGGAGGGCGAGAAGAGGGAGACGGGCAUCAAGAACACGCUCAAGAGCAACUUCCGCUCGCUCCAGGUCAGCCGCAUCCCCGGCAUAGGGGAGCUGGUGCCGCCCAGCACCAUGGCCAUGACCGUGGUCACCAAGGAGAAGAACAAGAAAGUGAUGUUCCUGAGCAAGAAACCGAAAGAGAAGGACCUGGAGCCCAAAAGCCAAGUCAUUGAAGGGAUCACACGCCUCAUCUGCACGGCCAAGCACCAGAACACCAUGUUGCGAGUCUCCAUAGAUGGGGUGGAGUGGAACGACGUGAAGUUUUUCCAGCUGGCAGCACAGUGGCCAACGCAUGUCAAGUACCUCCCUGUGGGCAUCUUCGGCUACUCGAAGAGCGUGUGAGACGCGGGGCAGCCCUGGGACGGAGCUGCGGAGGGGCACGGGA